CUGUAUAAAGGACUGUCUCGGCGUCCCCCAAACGUCGUUCUCGUUCUUCCUCUUUCCUCUCCAGCACGCUCGUUAAGGGACCAGACCGGACCGGACCAACACGCUCGUUCCUAAGCAACCCAUCACAUUCUGCCCAAAAAGACACCCCCAAAGCAACAGCCACAAUGAAGUACACCAGCGCUGUCCUCGCCCUGGCGGCCGCCACGGCCACGGCCACGGCCCAGGACAUCUCCAUCUUCCCCGAGUGCUCGAUGCCCUGCAUCAUCGACGCCGUCGGCAAGACGUCGUGCGAGUUGACCGACUUUGCCUGCGUGUGCAAGAACAUGGACUCGAUCAAGCAGGGCGCCACCUCCUGCGUCGUGGACAAGUGCGGCAUUGAUGUGGCUCUGAACGAGGUCCUCCCCGCGACCGAGCAGUUCUGCGCCGACGUCGGAGACGGCGACGGCGACGGCGACGAUGGUGAAGGGGAGGGCGACGGCGGCAGCGAGAGCAGCUCCGCCCCUGCCCCGCCCGCGACCAGCACCACCACCACCACCCUGGUGACCAGCACGACCAAGGCUCCCGAGGAGCCGUCGCCCAGCGCGACCGAGGCGCCCGGCGGCGGCGGCGACGAGGACGACGGUGACGACGGUGACGACGACGAGGACGACGGUGACGACGGCGAGGACGAGCCGACCGGGACCACGUCCAGCCCUGGCUCCAUCAUCACUUCCGAGCCCACGGGCAGCGCCAUCCCCUCGGGCGGCGACGACGAGGACACCCCGCCGGCCACCUCGUCGAUCGCCACUGCCGGCGCCGCCGUCGUGGGCGCCAUGGGCAGCUUCGGCAUGAUGCUCCUGGGCGCUGUCGCUGCUCUCUAGACCACCUGAUGAUGCGCCCCGUACGGUGCAUUCACAUACAUGCGUAGCGCAAGGAUGUGUUCGCCAAGGUUGAUGAUGAGGGAUGGGA